AUGUCGUCCCUGAUGAAUUCGAGGAACUACAGGCUUGGGGAAGAGAAGUCAUUUUAUCAUCAUGUUGCCUAUGGUGAACGCCCUGGUAGGGGUUGGGGUGAAGCCUCAGGAGAAGGUUCCGGUUAUGGUUCUGGGGAAGGGUAUGGUGAAGGCAGUGGUGGCGGUGGAUAUGGAAGCGGAGGUGGAGGAGGGAGUGGUGAAGGAACUGGAGAUGGUUCCGGUUAUGGUUCUGGGGAAGGGUAUGGUGAAGGCGGUAGUGAUGGAGGAUAUGGAGGUGGUGGAGGUAGUGGCGAAGGAACAGGAGAUGGUGGCUCUGGUUAUGGUAGUGGUUAUGGUAGUGGUUAUGGUUACGGUAAUGGAACUGGAUCUGGUACAGGAGGAGGAGGAGGCGGCGGUAGUGGUGGUAGGGGCAUGGAUGAGGAUAAUGGCAGUGGAUAUGGAGAAACCGAAGGCAAAGGUUAUGGAGGGGGUGGAAUACCGUGA